UUCUAUGCGAGAGAAUUUCAUGAGCAAUUCUUCGCAUAGUCAUACCACUCCGGCUCAAACGUUGGCUCGAACUCGAGAAGAAUUGCAGAAGAAUUCGGCGGCCCCGUUGUUCUCGAAAUCGACGUCUUCCUCGGAUCAGGUCCAUAAGAAUCAACGACCGAGCUCGGUGGCGUCGUCGAGAUCGCUUGUCGAGCAUCGGGCUUCCAGACUCAUUAAUCAUCACAUUCCGCCGUUACCACUCAUUCGAUCCGAUCUUCUUCCCACCACCACCUCAUCUUCGCCAUCAUCACUCAGAGCCGUCCAGCCGCAGCACAACCAUCCCCGCGGAAACAGUCCGGCAUCCUCCAGUUCUGGCUCGGGCUCCGGCUCGGGAUCAGGCUCUGGGCGCUCCUGGAAUUUCCCCGUCACCCCGCGUGACUCAUUGGCUCCUCAUACUUCCCUCUCUCAUCCUCCUUCCUUCUUAUCUUCUCCUUCUGCUUCUUCUUCUGUUCACAAUAAUCAUCUUAGUCUUAAUCUUCAGGCCUUGGGCUGUCUACCCCCUCAUACUACCAGUCUUCUUUCUAAUAAUCAUCAUCAGCAGCAGCAGCAACAACAACAACAAGUUGGGUUAGGGUCUGGAUCUGGAUCGGCAAUCAAUGAAUCUGAAUCUCCUACUAAUCCUACUACUAAGGUCACUCUUUCAGGUAGUCUUACAAAGUCGACCAGCGGCGAUUUGUCAACAGCGGCUGGGGGCCUAGACGGGGCCGGAGAAGCGGCGAUUGCGGGCAGGAUCGACGAGCUCGGCGUGCCGGCUGGUGUGGAUGGAUUGCUUUAUGCUGGCUUGGCCCCCGAACAGAAAAUCGUCUUGCAUCAACGCAGUCAGUUGAUCAUGCAAAUGAUGGCCGCUCAAGCUCAAACGGCCGCUCAAAUGCAUGCGCUCUCGUUGGCCAAUAGUUCUAAUCACUCUCAUCCUUCGUCAGCUUCUGUUGCGUCAGCUUCUUCGACCAUCGGCGGACCUUCAUCAUCCGAGGCGCAUAAUCACGCCCAUCUUCUUAUGAACCCGUUCUUGUUCCAUCAUCAUCAACCGAAUCAGCAUAUGUUUAGUAUCUUGCCCGAGUCCUCCGAUUCGUCGGCCUCUGCCGAGUCUUCUGUCGGAGUUCAUUUCCUGAACCAUUCCAAUCCUCCGGUUCCGCAUCAGCUUCAUCCUCUCCAGCUUCACCAUCUCCAACAUCUCCAACAGCUCCCAACAGCUCCAACAAUUCCAACAGUUCCAGCAACUCCAGCAAUUCCAGCCACAAGAACAACUCCAACCCCUCCCUCAUCCUGCCCAUCACAAACUGACCAAUCAUACUCAUCUGCUGCCCUAUCAGAACCAACACUUGCUCAUCAGUCCCAACAAGGAUACCGACAGUCCACUUGUCGUCAAGAACUCGUCGGCGUCCUAGAAACAGAACUCCUCCUUUUGCUUCUGCUUCUGUUUCUUCUGUUUCUUUUUUCGGAUGGCUCAUCUUGGUUCUGGUGGCUAUUGGUCCUCCGUUCUUCCCCGUCUUUGGGUCCCACUUCGACUCUCUCUCUCUCUUGCUCUCAAUGUCUUCCCUCAAUUUUCCGUCUUACUCUCUUUUUUUUUCAUCACUAAUCUUUGUCACUCUGAAUCAUCAUCCAUACAAUACACGUCCUUAAUGUCCAUUCUUAGCCUCUUCUUCUUCCUUUUCUUUUUUUCUCUUUCUGUCUGACUUUCUUUUUUACUCUGUUUUUUGUUUUUGUUUGAUGGUUGUGUUUACUUUCUCGCUUGUAGAACUCGAUUUAUUCUUUAUGAUUUAUGAUUUAUAUUAAUAUCUUGUCUCUUCAGACACCCCUUUUUUUCUAUAUAUAUGUGUGUGUUCCACCAUGUAUAUUCUCAUUGAUAUACAUAUAUAUAUAUAUUUAUUUGAGUUUUUU